AUGCGUUCCGACCUUCUUUUGCUCGCCACUCUGGCGAGCUCUGCUCUCGCUUAUCCUACCGAAGUCGCUGUUGAGCGUCGUACUUUCGGUCUCCUGGCUAGCCUGAUCGGUGACGCUGCCUCCGAUGUCAUCAGCCUGGUCGACUCCCUGCUCGGCCUCGGUGUUCACGGUUCCACCUCCGUCCUGGCUGGCUUGAGCGCUCACGGUGCUGCUGCUCUGGAGGGAGGUGCUUUGGGAUGUACUGCCGGCGUUAUCGACGCCAGUGCUCGUGCUAAACUGAAGGUGUGGCUGGCUGGCCAAACCCACAUUUCCGGUUCCCUGAAGACCUCUUUGCUCACUUGGUGUGAGGGCUCCGGCUCUGCUACUCUGAGCGCCGACGUUAUUGCUGCCCUAUCGGUCUACAUCCCUACUUGCGCCGACAUCGCCGCUAAGGAGUCGAUCUACGUUACCGUCGAUGGUAUCUUCUCUUCCACCGAGCUCUCCUCGACUCUCGUUUUGAGCGCCUCUGCUCAAGCUACUCUUUCUGCUUUCCUUGAUGUCCACGUUAACCUUGGUGCUCACAUCCAGGCCGGUCUUAGCGUCUGUGCUGCCGGCGGUGUGAUUGCUAGCUUGGAGGCUGAAGUUAAGACUUCCCUGAUUGCCUGGCUUAACGCGUCCGACUGCCCUCUGGAGGCCGCUCUUAAGGCCUCUAUCCUCGGCUGGUGCCACGGGUCGCACGCCAGUGGCCUUGUCGAGAUCGGUGCUAUUGCUGAUACCGCUCUUUCUGCUAUCUCCGUCGGCGCCUCUAUCGGUGCUUACGUCGAGGAGGCUGGUGCUCUCUCUGUCCACGCCCAGGCUUCUCUUGCUGCCUUCCUGAACACCAACCUCGCCGUUGACAUUGAUGCUGAUAUCCUGGUUUACCUUAAGGCUUGCGCUGCUGGUAAGCUCGCCGCUUCUCUCGAUGCCGAUGCUCGCGCUUCUCUUGCGAUCUGGCUGUCCGGCUCCAGCUGCUCUCUUGGAGUUGAAUUAAAGGCCGUCGUCCUGCUCUGGCUGUCCGUUGCAGCCUCUGCCGAGGUCUCCCUCGACCUUGUUAGCGGCCUCCUCGUUGAUAUCACCGGCUUCCUGACUGAGACCAUCAUCGCUUCCUUGAGCAUCAACCUCCGCAGUGCCCUCGGCCUCCUCGCUGGUGGUGAGAGCCUCGCCGUCCUCUCCUGGGACGCUCGUGCUGAGCUAGCUGCCUUCCUCGGUGGCUGCACUGGCAUUGACAUUAGCAUUAGCAUCCAGCUCAUCAUCAUUGAGUGGUUCACUGGCUGCAGCAUCCCCGGCGCCCCCGCCCCGUCCUCCUCUGUCCCCAGCCUGCCCUCUGCCACCCCCAUCGGUGUCUCCAGCACUCCUCUCGUCCCCUCCGGUUCUCUCCCUACUGGCUCCGUCUCUGUCAGCAUUCCUGCUGGUGGCAUCCCUACCGGUUCCAUCCCCUCUGGUGGUGUCCCUACCGGGCCUGCUGGCUCUGUCUCCGUCACCGUCCCCUCUGGCUCUAUCCCUACCGGGCCUGCUGGUGGUGUGCCUGGUAAUGGUGCCUCGUCUGUCAUCCCCGGCGGCCCCGAGGGUUCUGGUGCCAUUCCCUCCGGCUCCGUCCCUACUGGCUCUAUCCCCUCUGGUGGUGUCCCCUCCGGCUCUGUCCCUACUGGCCCUGCUGGCGGCGUCCCGGGUAACGGUGCUUCUUCCACUCCCUGCGAGACCGCGCCUACUGGCACCUCUCCAACUGACACCCCUGGCUCGGGCUCUUCUAGCUCUGGCUCGGGCUCUUCCGGCUCUGGCUCUGGUUCUUCCAGCUCUGGUUCUGGUUCUUCUAGCUCUAGCUCUGGUUCUUCCGGCUCGGGCUCUGGUUCUUCCAGCUCGGGCUCUGGUUCUUCCGGCUCUGGCUCUGGUUCUUCUAGCUCUGGUUCUGGUUCUUCCGGCUCUGGCUCUGGUUCUUCCAGCUCUGGUUCUGGUUCUUCCGGCUCUGGCUCGGGCUCUUCCAGCUCUGGCUCUGGUUCUUCUAGCUCUGGUUCUGGUUCUUCCGGCUCUGGCUCUGGUUCUUCCAGCUCUGGCUCUGGUUCUUCUAGCUCUAGCUCUGGUUCUUCUAGCUCGGGCUCGGGCUCUUCCGGCCAGGGCUCCGGUUCUAGCUGGUCUGGUUCUGGUUCCGGCCAGGGCUCUUGGACUUGGACUGCCGGUGGUGCUCCUGCUCCCACGGCCGCUCCCACUGGCUCGGGCUCUGGCUGGGCCUCCGGUUCCUGGACCGAGACCGUCACCGUGUACCACACCGUCUACGCCUGCGAGUAA